AUGCAUACCACAAACUUUGAAAAUAAUAACUUAUACAUGGGAUGGAAACCAAAUGAGAAAAUAUAUAAAACAAUAAUAGAGGCUUUAUCAUCUUCCUGCAAUAAUUCAAAUAAUAAUGUACAAAUCGAAGUUACAAAAGUGUUAAAAGAUUUAAAUGAAAAUGUUGCAGAUGCAGCAUUAUAUUUAUUACAUAUAUUUAUGAACAAACAAGAAAAUAAUGAUGUUAGACAAGUAGGAGGUUUGCUAUUAAAAAAUUAUAUAAACUCAAAAAAUAAAUUUUUAACAAAUGAUAUAUUAAAAAUAAUAAAGAAUGAGAUAUUUAAACUUGUAGAAGAUGAAGUAAAAGAAAUACGGAAUACGUCUGGUUCUGUUAUAACAUCAAUAUUAACAAAAUAUGAAGGAAUAGAAAAAUGGCCAGAAGCAUUAUAUAAUUUAUUACUUUUAGUAGAACGUGGAAAUAACGAUGUCGUAGAUGGGGCAUUUCGUGCUAUAAUAAUAAUAAUUGAAGAUGAGCUAAUAAAUCGAAAAAAUACUGAUUCUCUUUUUUUUCAAUUUUGCAAAACACAGUUAUUAGAAAAAUUAUUUUUAUAUUGUUCAUUACAAGAAAAAAGUAUAAGAAAAAAAUAUGCCGCUGAAUGCCUUGAUUUAUUUAUUAACGCAUCAUGUUUUGCAACAAAUGGUAUAUUUAAUGAAUAUUUUCCACAGUUAUGGGAAUGCUUAGGUUUUUUAGCAGCAGAAGAAGAUCCACAAAUAUUAAAAACUGUUGUCACAUGUGUGACAAUUAUUACGGAUACAAGAUAUGCAUCUAUAUUUAAUAACCUUGAUGGAAUCAUUCAAUUUAUGGUGAAUGCAACCAAUUCAGGUGACAGAAAAGUACAAUUGGAGGCAUUGGAAUUUUGGCCUGUGCUUAUUAAGGACAGAAGCUAUAUGGCUUAUUCAAAUUAUAAUAAUAAUAAUAAAGGCAUUAUUAGUAGUAAUGUUGGCGAUGGUAAACCGAUUGGAACCAAUACAUCGGAAAAUUACAUCGACGAAAAUAUAUAUAAAAAUAUAAACGAGUUACGAAAUGAAGCUUUAAAAACGUUAAAAAAUUAUUUACCAUAUUUAUGUAAAAUAUUAAUAGAUAAUACAGUAUAUACAAAAUGGGAUUAUUUAACAAUGGAUGAAUCUCAUUUUCAAAAUGAUAAUGCAAACGUACCCGAUUUAGUACAGGACAUUUCUCCUGAACUAUACCACAGUAGUAAUAAUAACUUUGCUAACACUCAAAGUAGUGAUAAUAAAAACAAUAGCAUGGUGAAUGAGCAAGGUGAGUAUUUAAAAGGACAAAAUAUGCAUUCAAAUAUUAAUGGAAAUUGUGCAAACAAUAAUAAUAAUCGUAUUAAUGUUAAUUCAGGUGAUAUAACAAAUGAUAAUAAUAUAAAUGAUGAUUUAGAUGACUUGAGUGAUGAGGAAAAAAAUGAUGAAAUGACCUCAAGAACAUGGGGAAAUGAUUGGACAGUAAGAAAAGGUGCUGCACUGUGUUUAGAUUAUUUAUCAAAUGUAUAUAAUGAUGAUAUAUUAGAAUAUAUAUUGCCUCAUAUUGAAGAGAAAUUAAUGAGUGAUAAAUGGAAUAUUCGAGAAAGUGCUGUAUUGUCAUUAGGCGCUAUUGCCAAAGGUUGUAUGUAUAGUUUAUCUCCAUUCAUUCCUAAAGUUUUAGAAUAUUUAAUAAAAUUAUUAAAUGAUGAAAAACCCUUAGCACGAAGUAUUUCUUGUUGGUGUGUUACAAGAUUUUCAUCAUGGAUAUGCCAUCCAGAUAAUUGCGAUAAAUGGUUUGAACCUGUUUUAUUAAAUUUACUAAAAAGAGUGUUAGAUAGUAAUAAACGGGUUCAAGAAGCAGCUUGUUCUUCAUUUGCUAAUUUAGAAGAAGAUGCAUUAGAAUUAUUAAACAACCAUUUACAUGAAAUAGUACAUACUAUACAACAAGCAUUUCAAAUAUAUCAAGCCAAAAAUUAUUUCAUUUUAUUUGAUGUAGUAGGAACAUUAAUUGAUAGUGUAAAUAUUGUUAAGGAAAAUAUAGAUUUAGCUCAUGAAAUUGUUAACUCGAUACUUAUAAAAUGGAAUAAUAUAAGAAUUAGUAGUCCAUAUAUUAUUGCACUCAUGGAAUGUAUGUCUUGUAUUACUAGUGCUUAUGGAAAAGAAUUUUUAAAAUAUGCAAAAAUUGUUAUAAGAACAUGUAUCAAAUUUUUAGCAUUAUUAUAUAUAGAUUUAGAAGAGGAAAUUAAAUAUUAUUAUAAUAGGAAAGUAAAUAAUUCAAAUUCAUUUAUUGUUAAUAGAAAUAAUAUAUCACAAACCGCUAAUGAAUUAUUAAAUUAUUAUAAAAUUUCAAACGAAGACUAUUUUAUUAACCUUAAAGAUAUUGAUUCGAUAUCAUCCUCGAAAAAAAAAGAUCUAAUCGAAUGUAGUUUUGAUUUGUUAUCAAGGAUAUUAAGUGUUAUUAAUUCAGAUAUUAUUGAAAUUAUAGCAGAAAAUGAAUAUAACUUUAUACCACUGGUUCAUAAAUAUUGUCUAAAAGUUGGAUGCGUCCAUAUUGAUGGUAUAAUGUUUACAAUUAAUUCUUUGGAUAAUAAUAAUCAAAAUUCAAUCGAUGGGGUUAAUACAAAUAAUGGUAGAUCUGGCUCCAACGAAAAGGGAAUGUCAUUAUUAUUAAAUCAUAAUUAUAACACGAAACUACCUACCACUUCUAGUAGCAUUGGUAAUGAUAAUGCCAAUGUUUCAUCAGUGUCAAUAAAAAAUGGAGUUAUAAUGAUAAAUAAACAAAAUGAAUAUACAGAAUUUGCUAAACAAUUUUUAAAUUUUGGUAUUUUACAAUCAAAUUUUGCAUUAAUUGGAGAUAUAUCCAGAUUUUGUGCUCAAUAUUUAAUACCAUUUUUAAAUGAUAUUAUUCCAUUUUUAAUAGCACAUAUAUCGCACCCAUCUAUACCAGUUUCAAAUAAUGCUAGUUGGGCCAUUGGAGAAAUUAGUAUACAUAUAAACUCGCAAUAUAUUGAAGCAUACGUUGAUGAAAUUGUAAAACAACAUAUUUAUAUUUGUCAAAAUUCUAAAUACCAUGGUUGUUUAUUACAAAAUAUAUGUAUAACUAUAGGAAGAUUAUGCUCUACUUAUCCUAAAAAAAUAAUAUAUUAUUUUCCUCAAUUUUUAAAAACAUGGCUAAAAAUUAUGUCUCAUGGAACCCAAGAAAAUGAAAAAAUUAAUUCACUAAAAGCCAUCUUAGAAGCAUUAUAUUUAAAUCUUGAUAUUGCUGCUGAGCAUUUAAAAGAUAUUGUAUAUAUAAUAUUAAAAUAUAAAUAUGUUUCUCAGAACGUUAAUAUUUUUUUCCAUCAAUUCUUGUCAACAAUGAAACAAAAAUAUCCUAAUCAGUGGAAGGAAAUUUACAACCCAAUGAAGGAUGAGCAUUCUUCGCCAAUACCAGCCGAUAUGUUAAAUGAUUUGAGCACUAGAUUUAAUUUAUAA